UGUCUAACUAGAGAGAGUGAGGAAAUGAAAACAGAGGUUGACGCUCUUGCCCCGAGUUCUCUACUGCUCUGGUGGAGUUGUGCUGAGUUGAGAGUAGGUGGUGGGCUGUAGAGACCGCACCUGAGAGAGACAGUGGACUGGCUGACAGGAGACUGCUGCUGGGACGUUUCCACCCUGGGAAGAGGAAGGCGGAUUGUAUUCACAUGUUGUUUUCCUAGGAGCUGCCUGUACACACAGCCAGCAUGACCGGGACCCCGGCCCUCAGUCUUCUACCCCAGCGACACUGCUGCUGCUGCGGGCGAUACACACGGGGAGACCCCGGGAUUAGGAGCAGACCCGUGCGUGAGGAGAGGAGCAGCCGCAUUCCUUGUACUGGCAUCUACAGCCUCCUCCUCACCUUGUUAACCCUGCACACGACCCGCAGCCACACAGAAGCAUUCAUCCAGUCAGACAAUGUCAUUGAAGUGCUUCGGUUUGAUGAAGGAGGCCUUUUAGAGACAGAGACAACGAUCGGCCUCAGUUCAUAUCAGCAGAAAAGUGUGUCCUUGCACAGAGGCAACUGUAGGCCAAUACGGUUCGAACCUCCAAUGUUGGACUUCCACGAACAGCCUGUGGGGAUGCCCAAAAUGGAAAAAGUUUACUUGCACAAUCCUAGUUCAUAUGAAACUAUUACUUUAAUAUCUAUAUCAGCAACAACAUCGCAUUUUCAUGCAUCUUUUUUUCAAAAUAGGAAAAUCCUCCCAGGUGGGAACACAUCGUUUGAUGUGGUGUUUCUCGCAAGAGUAGUGGGAAACGUAGAAAAUACUUUAUUUAUAAACACCUCAAAUCAUGGGGUUUUUACCUAUCAGGUUUUUGGCGUUGGGAUCCCCAACCCAUAUCGUUUGCGCCCAUUCAUUGGGGCACGAGUUCCUGUAAAUAGCAGUUUUUCACCUUUAAUUAAUAUUCACAACCCCCACAGUGAACCUUUGCAGGUGGUAGAAAUGUAUUCCAGUGGGGGUGAUCUGCACUUAGAACUUCCAACAGGCCAACAAGGAGGCACGAAGAAAUUAUGGGAGAUACCACCAUAUGAAACAAAGGGUGUAAUGCGUGCAAGCUUCUCUUCUCGAGAGGCUGACAAUCACACUGCGUUUAUUCGAAUUAAAACCAAUGCAUCUGACAGCGCAGAGUUCAUUAUCCUUCCUGUGGAGGUGGAAGUCACAACAGCUCCUGGCAUUUAUUCUUCAAUAGAAAUGCUAGAUUUUGGUACUUUACGAACACAAGAUAUUCCUAAAGUUCUGAAUCUCCAUUUACUAAAUUCAGGAACUAAAGAUGUUCCAAUAACUAGCGUUCGGUCGACGCCGCAGAACGAUGCAGUAACUGUGCACUUCAAACCCAUAACGCUUAAAGCUUCCGAGAGCAGAUAUACCAAAGUUGCAAGUAUAAGUUUUGAUGCAUCAAAAGCUAAGAAGCCAUCACAGUUCUCUGGUAAAAUAACAGUCAAGGCAAAAGAGAAGAGUUACUCGAAACUUGAAAUUCCAUAUCAAGCAGAAGUUUUGGAUGGGUACCUGGGAUUUGAUCAUGCAGCCACGUUAUUUCACAUACGGGAUAGUCCAUCAGAUCCAGUGGAGAGGCCCAUCUUCUUGACGAACACCUUUAAUUUUGCUGUACUUAUCCAUGAUGUCUUGUUACCUGAAGAAGCAAAGGCAAUGUUUAAAAUCCAGAAUUUUAGUUCAAAUGUAUUAAUUUCUCCCGGGGAAUCAAGAUAUAUAUUUUCAUUAAGAUUCACUCCAUCUACAUCCGCUGUUCAUAUAGACAGCAAUAUAUUACUUAUCACUAAUGCGUCAAAAUUUCACCUCCCUAUACGUGCGUACACCGGCUUUUUAGAUUAUUUUGUUUUACCUCCUAAACCAGAAGAGCGUUUUCUAGAGUUUGGUAUCCUAAGUGCAGCAGAAUCAAGCAGUCUUCUAAUAGCUGUAAUAAAUAAUAACCCCAUAGAGUUGGCCAUUAAAAGCUGGCAUGUUAUUGGAGACAGUCUUGCCAUAGAACUUCUAGCAACAGAAAAGGGAAACAGGAGCAGCAUAAUAGCAAGCCUUCCAGAGAUUGAAAAUUCCACUGCAUCUGAUGGCACUUCAGUUAUAUUAACUUCAGGUUAUUAUGCAGUGUUUCGUGUGACAUUGACAGCAAAGGAACUUGAAGGAUUCUAUGAAGGAGGCAUCCAGAUAACCACAGAUUACGAGAUAUUGACAGUCCCUGUGAAGGCUGUGAUUGCUGUGGGCUCAUUAACUUGCUCCCCGAAGCACAUUACAGUUCCACCUUCCUUUCCGGGAAAAUUAGUUCAUCAGAGUUUGAAUAUUAUGAGUUCCUUCUCACAGAAGGUGAAAGUACAACAAAUCCGCUCCUUAUCGGAGGACGCCAGAUUUUUUUAUAAGCGACUGAGGAGCAAUAAAGACGAGUUAGAGCCUGGGAAAAAAUCUAAGAUAGCCAAUAUAUAUUUUGAUGCUGCUUUAAAUUGUGGUGACCACUGUUAUGUUGGACUCCCAUUUUUAUCAAAAAAUGAGGUGAAAACUCAACACCAUUUAGCAAUGCAGGAGGAUGUUUGGGAAUCGGAUUGGGAGAAUUAUGAACAUUUUUAUAAGAAGUGGUCGGAAAUCCAUGACAAUUCUAAUAUACCUGAAGCUGUAUUUGAAGUUGACACUGAUCUUCAGAAAAAUGUCCUUUCAGAGGUUAAAGCUGAGCUUGUGUGGCCAUCUGUUGUCAGCUCGUCCCGUCAUGUACACUUUCCCCUAACAAAUACUAACUCCUCAUCGGAAGAAGAAAUUGCACUAGAAAACCCUGCCGAUCUGUCAGUGUAUGUCCAGAUCCUCCCCCUGGCACUUUAUGCUAACAGUUCUUUGGUGAUAGAUAGGAUAUUAGACAGGUUCAAUAUUAGUAAGUCACUAAAUAUAGAUCUGAAGACACUUGAAUUCAAAGUAUUCAGAAAUAAUAAGCAGCCUGUACAGAGCAGUCAAGGUUUCAUUGAAGGACCAUCCCGUCAAUCUGUUCUUAAUAUUAUUCUUAAGCCUGGAGAGAGAAAAAGCUUUAAAGUUAGAUUCACACCAGUGCUAAACAAAACAGUAUCUUCAUUACUUGUAGUCAGAAAUAAUUUAACAGUGGUUGACGUUAUAUCAGUGAAAGGGCAAGGAGCAAAUGAGAACAUUAAGAUUGGUGGAAAACCCCCUGGUCCGGGGAGCUCCUUGAGGUUUAAAAUCACAGAAGCCUUUCUGAAAGAGUGCACUGACAAAAUAAAACCCAGAGAGCCAAACUUCACUAUGAAGAGAGCAUUCAAGAUUGAGAACACAGGGCAGCUUCCAGUUACAGUUAAAAGCAUGGAAAUCAGUGGCUAUUCCUGUGAAGGAUAUGGAUUCAAGAUAUUGAAUUGUCAGGAGUUUGCACUAAGUCCCAAUUCCUCUAAGGAAAUUAUCAUAUUGUUUACACCAGAUUUCACCUCUUCCCGAUUGAUUCGUGAAUUAAAGAUUGUUACCACAGGAGGUUCUGAAUUUGUUUUUGUACUAAAUGCAUCGCUUCCAUACCACAUGCUGGCCUCAUGUGCAGAAGCUCUUCCCCGGCCCAACUGGGAGUUGGCCCUCUAUAUCGUUAUCUCAGGAAUUAUGAGUUUGCUGUUUCUUUUGGUUAUUGGAACAGCCUACUUAGAAGCUCAAGGAAUAUGGGAGCCGUUCAAAAGGCGACUCUCUUUUGAGGCAUCAAAUCCUCCUUUUCAUUUGGGCCGACCCUUUGAUCUCAGGAGGAUAGUUGGCAUAUCAACAGAAAGCAAUUUUAGUUCAGCUGGAAGUGACUCAAACAGUAGCUCUAACAGAGGGCUAUAUAGUGGGAAUUCCAGCUCCAGAACCACUAGUAGUCAAAAGCAGAGCAACCCAACAUCCACCAUACACAAGAAUGUACCUGAGGUGGAAACAGUCAGAGCAAAGAACUCCAGUGUAUCUAACAGAAUGGCAGCACAAGUGUCUACAACACAACCAUCUAGCAAAGCUUCCUCCUCAUCCACAGACUCUGGUACUGCUGCUCAGAGUUCAUCUUUAACAAGACGUACACGUGGAACAAAACUAAAUCUUGCACCACCACAAGGACCAAGCUUACAGGAACAGGUCGUGCCAACGCAACCACCAACAGUGCCUCAGACACAGCAAGAGCAGCCAGCAGAUGUACACCGAACAGGGACCUGUAACACUUCUCACCCAGAGUACUUUGGAAGUAGUGGAGGUAAUACUAGGCACAGUUCAGAUGACUCCGAUAUAACUAAUCUCAUAGAAGUAAUGGAUAAAGAUUAUGACAACUCUGAACCCCCUCCAUCAGAAGUGUUUUCAGAACAACCUCCAUCCCCAGCAGCAAGAAAUAAUAAAGGGAAAGGGAAAUUUCUCCAGCAAAAAGUUAAAUUCCUAAAGAAACAGGAAGAAAAAGAAAGACGAGUAAAAGCCAAGACACAUGAAGAUGAGCUGAAGGACUCUCUUGCAGAUGAUGACAGUUCUUCCACCACCACUGAAACUUCCAAUCCUGACACUGAGCCACUUCUCAAAGAGGAGCCAGAAAAGUCAAAGGGAAAACAAGCCAUUGCUGAUAAAUUAGAGAACGAAAUUGGUAAAAUAAAACACAGGAGCAGGAAGGUCCUUGGCUCCAACAAAAAGGAGAAUGCAAUAGAAGUCAAACCAAGCUCUUUGGAAUUGCCAUACACCACCCCCCUGGAAAAUAAACAGCAUAAAAAUUUUUCCAAAAUUUCUGUGCAACACUCUGCAGUGAAUGGUUCAAAAGCAAGAAAUCUGCAGAAAACGAGAGGUACCAGCAGUAAGCUAAUGGAGAACAGGCAGUCACUGCUGGCGAAACUCCCUCCUAGUCGUAUUGGUCAGGAGCUAGGCAAUACCAGCAGCUCAGAAGGUGAAAAAGACUCCCCACUCCCUGAGUGGGACUCGGUGCCAAUCCAUAAAACAGGCAGCUCAGCAGACAGCCUUUACAAACUAUCAGUCCAGACCCACAAUAUUGAUGACUUCUUAAAGCAACGGCAAACCUCGCCAGCUCCUACCUCUCCUUCACCACCUCCAGCUUUGGGCUAUGGGGGAAGAAGCAGCUACAGCAGCAUUGUCAACAGCUCGAGCAAUCAUGAGUUUAGAAUGAAUUCUGUAGUCACCAAGCCUAAACUGACUAAAGCAUCAUCUUUACCGGGGAGGAAUGGCAAUCCCACAUUCGCUGCUGUAGCUGCAGGAUAUGACAAGAACCCAGCAGGAGGCAGUGGAUUAUCAAAGUCAUCUGCUGUAAAAAGUGACCUUUCUAACAGCAUCAGCAUGUCACAUACAAUCUCUGUUGACAGUGACAACUCUGAUAGUUCUGGCUUAUGGAGUCCCAUCAGCAGUCCCAACAGUCCUGAUUAUGUUGCACUAAAUUCAUUCUCUGCUUUUGGACCAAGCAAUUCCUUCAAUUUAACAGGAGAAGUUUUUAGCAAGCUUUCUUUUCCCCGAAACACAUAUGCCCAAGAUUCCCAAAAGAAAUGGACAGAUUUUGAAUCCACGUCCUCAAUCUGGGAUGCUCCUGCUCCAGACUCUACGGUACCUACAUGGCCUCCCAGCACUGGAUCUCCAACUCAUGUCACUUCUUCUAUCCUUGGGAACUCUAGUAGCCUGUGGUCUACAACAAUCCCAUUCAGCAGUUCCAUUUGGUCCAGUAAUCCGAGCACCACCCUUCCUUAUACCACUCCAUCAAACCCAUUACCUGGAAUUGAUUUAAUCGUAGGCGAAAACACAUGUCCCACAUCCAGCUCUACAUCCGCAUCCCAUAGCUCUGAAAAUUUGCCUGGACAGACAUAUGAUCCAUGGAAAAUAUGGAGCCCAACAAUAGGAAGAAGAAGUUCAGAUCCUUGGUCCAACUCCCACUACCCAACUGAGAACUAAUCACCAACUUGAAAUGAAACCCUGAUAUUAGGAGUGUUACUACUUCAAAAUCUGCCAAUUUUUUUUGAAGAUGGGCUCCCCCAUUUUCUAUCAGUUGUCUUAGCUUUUUAUUUAUUUUUUAAACCCCAGAUUAAAAUGCUGUACUUUCCAACUCAAUCCCAAAGCAUUUAUUAUGUUCUUCAUAUUCUUCUAAUAGAAGAACAUACAAUUGGACAGACAUAUGCUGUAUAUAAAGAAUGUCAGGAAAAUUGUACAUUGGGGAAUAGAGCGGGUACCAAUUGCCACCACUUUAUCAUUUAUUUAUUUUGCACAUGUGCCACAAAACCGCCAUUGGUUCAAACAUAUCCCUGCCCUGAAAUGCGAUGACUGAGAGAUUUUAAUCGUUUUUUUCCCCCCCAAGUAUUAUGUUUCUAAUGAAACGUAGAGGUAUAAGCAGACAUAGCAGUCCAUGCUGUCGGUGGAAUGGCCAUUUUAAAUGCAAACUGUUUUUGUAUUAACUCAUGAACAAAAGCUAAAUACAGCCAAGAGCACUGUGAAUGCUCAUUUUGGGCCGCUCUGCGCUUUCCCUGUACUUUGUUCUUUAUCAUGCAUUUUUUUAAAAUAAAAAUAUAUAAAAAAAGGUAAUUUUACAUGCUCCUUGUAAAAUCAUGUGAGAAAAACAUACAACUUUGAGUUGUAAUUUGAAUAAAUAAGGCACUUUUUCCAAAACACA